AGUUUUAGUUUCUACAGCAAUAGCAGCAGCUAGCUAUCGACUGACUGAUUCAGAAUCAAUUCAGAUCAAUUUGCGAGAAAAAAAAUUGGAAUUAAAUUUUGAUUUCAAUUAAAUUAAAGAUCAAAAUGGGCAGCAGUAACAGAGAAGACGAUGAAAUCAAGAAAUUAGCAGAGAUAAGCAAAACCCUAAAAGAAGGAGAAAAACUACUUGCCCCGACUCGAAGACCCGACGGUAGUUUUCGUAAACCUAUUAAGAUUCGUGCCGGUUUUGUCCCUCAAGAAGAAGUUCCCAUCUAUCUAUCUAAAGGUGCUUUGUGGAAAAAAGAGAUGCAAUCUCAGCAGCUAGUUCCGCCGGGUUAUGAUCCGGAUUACGAUGCAAAACCGAAGACGAAGGCGGAGAGGAGGAAUGAAAGAAAGAAAGAGAAGAGAUUACAGGCCGCUGUUGACAAGGGUAAGAACUUGGAAGCAUCAUCAGAUGGGGAUAUGAAAAGGGAAGAACUGUUGCCUGAGGAAACUGUAAGUCAUGCAUCUGAUUCUGUGAAGUUAUUGACAACUCAGAUGAAUGAGCUAGAUGUCUCUGCCAAUCAUGUUGCGAGCGCCCCUGGAGACACGUCAGGGAAUUCAGAACCAAGUGUUCUAUCUCAAGACACCGAUAAAAGAAUUCGGGCGCUUAAAAAGAAGAUUCGACUUCUAGAAGCUCAGCUGCAGAAAAUUGCUUCACAGGAUAUGAAGGCGGAGCAGAUGGAGAAGUUGUCAAAAUUGGAGGGCUGGCAACAUGAGCUAAAGCUUUUAGAGUGUAAACAUUCCGAACAGGCAGCAUCAUGAGUGCCGAUUUGUUCAACACGGAACAAAUUGUGUAGCUUUUAAAUUAAGAUUUCUUUUUCUUUUCUAAGAUAUGAACAAUCUUGCAUUGUGGGAUCAAAAGAUUCUUGCAUCCAGAUUUUUCCAACUGUAGUUGUGUGUGCCUAUGAACCCUGUGGUUCAUUCUCUUCUUGUAGACCUCAUCUUGCUAUUAGCAACUGGACUAAUCCAGAUUAGUGGUCUUUCAGAGAUUAGCUUAGCAUUAAUCAUUCCAAGUUCCAUGUUUCUUAGAAAUGUAUGAUCUCCAAUUCAAUUCUCACUCCCAAAUUUUGUAGACAGACGUUUUGCCUUUUUCGUGCAUGGAUUUGUAAUAUGUGUAAAGUUGAUUCUUAGUGCAAUGACUCUUCUUUUUGUACUUUCA